CACCUCCUUCCUUCCCUCCUCUCUGAACCCCCACGAAGCCCACGUGCCCCCAGUGUCUGAGAUCCCCAAAAAGGAAAUCAUGAAUUGAAAAAAAUACUCCAUCCUCUCCUUCCCUCUCUGUAUAUUUUUACCUGUAUUUCUCUGUGCUCUGUAUCCUCCGCAGACAUGAGCACUUCUGCGAAACCCUCGCCCGUGCCUGCUGCUGCAGAGGCAGCCGGUGUCCCUCGUCGAGAUGACGAUGUGCGUCGCAAGCUGGCCAUACGAAAGGCCUACCACACGGCGUACUAUGAAUACCAGCGCAGAGACAUGAUGUAUCUCCUCAUCAUCCUGCGCUUCAUAAAUGCCAUCACCAUCCGCACCUUCUUCCAGCCAGACGAGUACUUCCAGUCUCUCGAGCCAGCAUGGGAGAUGGCUUUCGGCGCGUCCAGCGGUGCAUGGAUCACCUGGGAAUGGCAUCACCAGCUUCGGUCAUCGCUGCACCCCGCCAUCUUCGCCCUGCUCUACUUUGUAGCUGACCGGGCCAUGGGCGUCAUGAGCAUGUACCCGCAAUUCAAAGCCAUUAUCCUGGCCUACCUCCCCAAAGUGUUCCAGGGACUUGUUGCCGCGGUAGGGGACUACUACACGUGGCAGCUGGCUGAGAAGGUUUACGGGCAAGGAAGCAAUGCGGCUUUCACCACGCUACUCAUCACUGCCUUGAGCCCAUGGCAGUGGUUCUGCUCUACCAGGACGCUCUCCAACUCUCUGGAGACAGUCUUGACCAUCGUUGCUCUCUACUAUUGGCCUUGGGCCCUAUAUGGCGACAGCAGCGCACCAAAGAAGACGUCUCCAGAUGCAGCUGAGGCUGAUAAGGCCGACAAGGCCACUACUAGCUCGCAGGAGUCUCAGAUCUUCAAGACCAAUUCGGAUGUCAACAGUCUUCGUAUUUGCCUUUUCUUGGCAGGCAUUGCCUGUCUUCUCAGGCCCACGAACCUGUUCAUCUGGGCUUCGAUAGUGACGGUAUCUGUCAGCCGACUGGGUCUUACUGGCACCUCGCCCGCCAAAUUCUCUGACUUCCUAAUCAUCCUACGCGAAGCUGUCAUUUGCGGCGCACUCGCUCUCUCCAUCUCCGCCGCCUCGGACUACUACUAUUUCGGCGUGUGGACGUUCCCACCUUACCAGUGGCUCUACUUCAACAUCACCAAGUCCCUGGCAGUCUUUUACGGCACAAACCGCUGGGACUACUACGUCACCGAAGGCCUCCCCCUCCUUCUCACCACCAUCAUCCCAUUCACCCUCAUCGCCUUCGUCUCCUCCACCUCCAUCGGAACCGAAGGGGCAUCCGUCAGCAACAUCCGCUUCCAAUUCACCUUCACGGCCCUCACCACCAUCGCCACCCUCUCCCUAAUCUCCCACAAAGAAGUCCGCUUCAUCUACCCCCUCCUCCCCCUCCUCCACAUCCUCUCCGCACCCCACGUUCUCUCCUUCUUCUCCCGCCCCGCCCCCGCCUCCACCCCAGCCCCCUCAACCUCCUUCUCCAUCCCCCCCUCCCCCACCCUGCGCCGCACCACCCUCCUCGGCGCACUUGUCGCCGUUAACAUCUCUCUCGCCUUCUACACCACCUUAAUCCACCAACGCGGCGUCCUCGACGUCCUCGCCUUCCUCCGCUACGACUACGAAGCCACACACCUCACCGAGCGCGGCCUCUUUAUCCCAACUACUGCUGAUGACGCCCCCUUCGCCGCGUUCCUCAUGCCCUGCCACUCCACGCCAUGGCGCUCGCACCUCGUUCACCCUACCCUCAACGCCUGGGCGCUGACCUGCGAGCCGCCUCUCGACAUCCCAGCCGGCACGCCAGAGCGCGCAGCGUACCGCGAUGAGGCGGAUCGGUUCUUCGAUGAUCCGAAGGGGUUUUUGAGUCGCGAGGUGGGGAGUAGGGAGAAGCCGUGGCCGCAGUAUGUGGUUGGGUUUGAGGGGAUUGAGGGGGUGUUGGUGGAGUGGCAUGAGGAGACGGGGAGUCAGUAUGAGGUGGUGAGGAAGUGGAGUGGGUUUAAUAGUCAUUGGAUUGAUGAUGAGAGACGGAAGGGACGGGUUGUGGUGUGGGAGUUUAAGGAGAGGGUUAAGGCUUAGGUGGGAGAAAUAGGGUUUGGAAAGAGGUCAGUGUGAUGGGGGUGGUUGUAUUAUAUUUGUGUUAUAUAGAGGAGAUUUAAUUUGAUUAAUCUUAUAUACCUGUGCGGAGUUAAACUUCGUGUUGUGAGCAAAGUCGAACAGCAACAUGAGGAUAACUUAGGAACCUAUAAUUCGAUCAGAACUCGGGUGUUGGCUCCCACUGCU